AUGGGUGUGGAAAUGGAUAAGGGACUGGAUCAGCGGGUCAAGGCCAAUACGGGAUACGAGAGUGUGGAAGAAACAAAAGGCUGGCUGGGAGCAGGAGCCACAACCUGCGAAGCACAGGAAUGUUUGGCUCCUUGCAACCUGAUCAUGGAAGACUUGAGCAAAGAGGAUAUUGACCUGGCACUAACACAGGCGUACCACCAAUACUCCCUGUUCUCGUAUAUUCGAGUGAUCGAAAGACUACGUGGAGUUCAUAUUCUACAGGUGGGUGACAUUAAAGCCAGUGUCAGUCCUGACGGAUUGCUGAUACACGAGGCCGCAGUUGUCGUCCACAACAAAGGACAAGCCCGUGUCCGCCGGACAAUCAGCUUCAUCCUCAUCAGCACCACCUUCUUCGCAAUCGGUGCCUAUUUUGCCAUUACCUACGCCCCUCCGAUCCCCACGCCCUUCAUCAUGGGUUCAAUGCCCUCGGACGCCGAAACCCUCGAGCUCUACUCCCCGGACAAUGACUUUGCACGCGAAGUUGACGAACACAUUAAAAAUUGUGCCCUGGCACAGUCCCUGAGGGCCAAUCCCGAUUUUGUCGAGUCAAGACCGCACCUGAAAAUCCCCGAAGAGCUGAGAUCACACAAUCUGACGGCAGGGACAUUGGCGGGCCCAGGAAUGAUCGUGGUGCCCCCGUACUACUUUAAUGAAAAAGGCGGAAAAUCCAUGGUGCAGAUAUUCUACGUCGGCACGGAUGUUUCUGGACACCCGGGGAUCGUGCAUGGAGGGUUUCUGGCCACCAUGCUCGACGAGGGGCUGGCGCGGUGCGCAUUCCCUGCCAUGCAGAAUAAAGUGGGCGUGACUGCCAAUCUGAACAUCAACUACCUCAAGCCGACGAUGGCGGGUCAGUUCCUGGUGCUGCGGGCCAAGACGACGAAAGUCGAAGGCCGCAAAGCGUGGGCUGAAGGGUGGAUUGAGAGUCUUGAAGUUGCCGAAGGAGAGGAACCCGUGAAGCUGGUCGAGGCGACCGCCCUGUUCGUUGAGCCAAAACACGCAAAGGGUCACCACAUGACCUCAGCGUAA